UUUUUCUCUUUUUCAGAAAAGAUGUCCUCUCAAGUGAGACUGAAGCUGCUGCCAAGCAUCAAAUGUAUGUUUGAUGAGCCCAUUCAGGUGAAGGUGGCCGGGCUGAGGCCAAGGCAGGUUAUCAACAUGAGAGCCAAAUUAACUGAUGACAAGGGAGUGGUGUUCAGCUCCUCAGCCACCUACAGGGCUGAUGGCAGUGGGGAGGUCGACCUGAGAAGAGACCCCUCGCUAGGUGGGAGCUACGUUGGAGUAGAACCCAUGGGUCUGCUGUGUUCCAUGAGGCCACAUACCAUGCACAAAAUAUAUCUAAAGACAAAUGCCAUAAACCCCCAGGUGGUGAAGUUUUCUGUGCAUGAGGAGGAGGGCAGAUUACUGGCAGAGAUGAUAAAUGAGAGGCUUCUAAUGAGAGAUGGGGUCACCAGGGUCCCCGUCAAUGAAGGGAACAUCCGUGGAGUCUUGUUCACUCCUCCAGGAAAAGGUCCUUUUCCUGCUGUGUUGGAUUUACCCACCUCAGUAUCCGAGGCAAGACCCAGUCUACUGGCUGACAAAGGCUUUGUGGUUCUCUCAAUGGCGGUGUACAAUAAGAAGGGUGAAAAUUCCACAGAGACGCAUCUGGACCACUUUGAAGAAGCAAUGAAUUUCUUAAAACAGCAACCAAAGGUGGGCAGUGAAGGAAUUGGCAUAAUGUCAAGAUGCAAGGGAGCAAAUAUCGGACUGUCACUCGCUGCUUUUGUGCCAGGUGUCGAGGCCAUAGUGUGCAUGAAUGCCUGUAACGCCAAUGUGGUCACUCCUCUCUACUACAAGAAACAGCAGAUCCUGUCAUCAAUAAUGUUUGACGAAAGCAAGUUUAUUCCCACCGAGUCAGGUGCAAUCAUCAUAAAGGAUGCUCUUGAAGAUCCCCUGACAGAGAAGAACAAGGGCAGCUUGAUCCCCAUUGAACGAGCCAAGAGCCCUUUUCUUUUUGCGGCUGUAGGAGACGACCUCAACUGGGACAGCAAGGCCUACAUGGACGAGAUGGUGGAGAGACUGAAGCGUCAUGGGAAGGAGAACUUUGAGACUGUUUUUUACCCUGGAGCUGGACACAUGUUGGAGCCACCUUAUGCACCCCACUGCCCCUCCAGCUUCAAUGCAGGUGUAGGCAAGCGAGUGCUGUGGGGAGGUGAGCCCAAGGCCCACAUAGCAGCUGAGAUCCACCUGUGGAAGAAGAUCCAGGAAUUCUUCAAAACUCACCUGAGUUGUGAUGCAGCACAGACUAAAGCCAAGUUAUAGAUGGCUUAUAGAUCAAACAGGAUGAUUAGAAAGCUUAAGUUACAGAAACAUAAAUCAUGACAGCAAAUUGACUGUACGAAAAUCACAUUUUAUAAUUAAUAUAAUAGUUGUUUAUAUGACAGUUUGAAAUUUUAGGUGAAAUUAUGAUUCGCACAUGUCUUCCCCUCCUGUACCUCCUGAACCCCGUACACAUGUUUCUUUUUUCAUUUUUCUUUAUAAUUUUUUGGGAUUGUCACUUGAUCUUCUGUCUGCUUAUCCUGGACUCUACAGUCAGCUAUGGUUUAUUUCCAGUCUGCCUUUUUUAAUGUUUUAUUGAAAUUACUUUUUAUUUGUUUUGGCUAUGCAAUAGUGUUGUGCAGAUGAAUCUUCUCUCCUGGUGUUACUGGCACGCACUGUACAUCUAUCCAGCCAUGAGAGGGAUAAAUGCUGAAUGGUUAAGAAAGGAAAUAUAGAAAUGGAGACUGAAGUACACAACAUGAAUCGGCAUCUUGAAAAGAGAAUUUGUUCCAUCAUCACAGUGCCAAAAACAUUAUAUGAUGAGUGUAGAUACAUGUUUUGAAAUUUUUGCGUAACGCUGAUUUUGUUAUUUGAUCCCACAUUACUGUACUUAUCUUUUGUAAACCGAUCUUUAUUUUGUAAUUAAAAAAACAACAACAUCAUGUUAAAACUAUUAGCUCACAAAUAGACUUCAGGGAAUAAACUUGAUAUAUAUAAACUUGAUAUAUAUAUAUAUAUAUAUAGAUAGAUAGAUAGAUAGAUAGAUAGAUAGAUAGAUAUAUAGACAUAUAAUAUUAUUGAUAUGGUCCAACCUACAAAUUAAUUUCUUAACAUUAGGUGGAAGCAGUUUAUUAUUAUGUGAGAAGAAAAAACAAAACAAGGUGAGACAAUGUAGCUACUCCUGUUUAAUGGUUUACUCGUAUUUUAAGGUAGUAAGUAAGGUACUAAGUCCACACAAGUCGCCACCAGAAAUAAGAAAGUAUUCACUUGCUUUGAGCAUAUUUUGUAUUGAACCUGCGACUGCGACUCAAGUCCGUCAUAAGUCCACAAGAUCACGGGUACAUCAAGAAACAGCACGGACUAGUGACUCAAUUUCUUUGGUGAGUUUUGGUUUUAAGAAAAAAACAUGCAUGUAAAACUCUCUUUGGGCUGUUGCAUAUUUUAUGGAAAUAACACAUCUCAAAAUGAUCUAAAAAAAAAAAAGAUUUUACAAAUGUGUGCACUGUGUGAAUUUUGAGUGCUCACAAAUCCCUGCUCCACACAAAUACACAGAAAUGUAAACAUACAGAAAGCUAUUUACAAGUGCAUAUUUCAAAAUCAUAAUGAACAUAUAAAAACACAUUUUGAAGCUAAACUUCACAAAUCUGCUCAUUUGUGCAGUUAAAAGCUUCUUGAGCAUAAUACUCUCGCACACACCAAUGACAGUUGACAGUGUAUAGGAAUUU